AUGGCAACUUUCGCCACUGAAAAAGAUCUCAAUUCAAGUUCUCAACAUGACGUGCACUUAAGUGUAUGUAGCUUCUCUGCCGUUGCUGGCGUUGAAGACCGCGAUAUCGUUCCUGCUACUGCCACAACUGAAAUUUUCGGCAAUUUUCAAGCGUUGAAGACAAUAUCACACCCUAACCUUUGUGAAUAUGUUGAAAUUAUUAUUUGUGGUAGUAGAAAAUCAUCUGAACUUUCUUGUGUUGGAGUAUCUAUGUUACGUGAAUGGGCAUUCCAAAUUCUAAAAGCUCUCGCUUAUUUGAAUAGUAAUAACAUUAUACAUCAUAAUUUAUCACCGAAUAAUAUUUUAAUUGAUUCUGAGGGAACAGUCAAGUUAGCGAAUUAUGGAUUAUAUUAUAUGACAAAAGGGGGAGCUAAUGUAGAUUUUCCAAUUGGUUAUCCACAUUACCUUCCUCCAGAAGCAAUCUAUCAUGUGUGGUCACUAGGUGUAAUAUUAGUCGAAAUUCAUACCGGUCUUCCAUUUUGGGAAGGAGACGAAAAAGACAUUGAUAAAAUUUUUUCAUCAUUAUGGGAACUUCAAUGUAUUGCUGAUGUAGAAGACGAACAAGAAGUUUGGGAUCGUUUCACGGUAUUCCAAUUAGGUAUAAGUGAAGCGAUAUUAGAAUUUCUUCAAGGAACGGAUGAUGAUUAUGGAGAUUUUCGAAAUUUCGUUCGAGCUUGUUUAGAAGUUAAUCCAUCUGAUAGAUGUUCACCCGAACAAUUAUUAUCACAUCCAUUUUUUUCAUCAAUUUAUGAGAAUGGACUUGGUAAUCAUUAUAAAUAUUGGUGGGUUAAACCUUUCUUACAAUCUCGAAAAUUAAAUUUGGAUGAUGAAUUAUUAGAACCUCAAGAAGAAUCUCAUAAUAAAGAUGUACUUGAAGGUAUUCCAUUAUCUCAAGUUUAUUACUUUUGGAAAUUAGCUGGAGGUGAUGUUGAAUCCGAAUUAGCUAAGAGAGGAUUUCUUUUAAGUACACCUCCAAUUGAACGAAUACCUAGAGCAGUGAAGGUACAAAAUGGGAAAGAAGAAGGCACCGCACAAGAUACGGCAUUUUUAUAUUCAGACAUUAUUCAUAGUUUAUCAUUAAAAGAACUUCGACAAAGAUUAGAAAUUGCCACAGGUCCAAAUCGAGAUACAUUUGAAUGGGAUACUGAUUAUUUUCUUGUUGUUGAUGAAGAUGAUAUGAAUUUUUUAGUAGAUGAAAUGUCAGAUGAAGAAAGUUCUAGUACAAAAGAUGAAUUUAUUGAUAAAUACCUAUUUUUGGAUCCCAAUAAUAAAUCAACUCCUUCAACAUCAAAUGGAACAAGUCAAUCACCUACUAAUAAUGUAAAAUUACCUUUACUUAUACGAGAAAAAGAUGUCGGAUAUCAAUUUCAAAGGGUUGCAUUAUUUACUGAAUUAUUAAGAGAAUAUCCUUCAUCUCGGGAUGAAAUUAUUCAUCACGCAAAAGUUGAUAUACCACCUUUCUUAAGAGGAAAAAUAUGGGCUGCUAUUCUUGGAGUUAAUGGAGAUUAUCAAGCCAUAUAUGAUUCUUAUGACAAAGAAAACGAAAAAGAAACGGAUCGUCAGAUCGAUGUUGAUGUACCAAGAUGUCAUCAAUAUCAUCAACUUCUUUCAUCUCCAGUUGGACAUGGAAAAUUGAGACGACUUUUAAAAUGUUUUGUAGCGUCAAAUACUAAAUUGGUUUAUUGGCAAGGACUCGAUUCAAUUUGUGCACCAUUUUUGACUCUUAAUUUUAAUGACGAAGCUCUUGCUUUUAGUUGUUUACAAGCUUUCAUUCCAAAAUUUCUUAAGGAUUUUUUUAUAUUUGAUAAUUCCCCCGUUAUUCAAGAAUAUUUGGCAGUUUUUCGUCAUUUAUUAUCAUUUCAUGAUCCAGAAUUGUCCAGUCAUCUUAAUAGAAUUGGGUAUCAACCAGAUUUAUACGCUAUUCCAUGGUUUUUAACUUUAUUUACUCAUAAAACUUAUCAUCUUUGGGAUAAAAUUCUUGUUGGACCACCUUCUUUACCAUUAUUUGCAGGAAUUUCAAUCCUAAGGCAACUUAAAGAUGAAUUUAUAAAAUCCGGAUUUAACGAAUGUAUUCAAUUAGCUGAUUCAUUUCCGGAUGUUGAUAUUGAAAAAUGUAUUCAAUCAGCUUUAUCAAUGUGUAAGGUCACACCACCUUCUGUGAUUUAUCGGGUACAUGAAGAACAUUCUAAACCUGGUGGACCUUCAGAUUCUGAAAAUCAAUUAUCAGAUCCUGUUCAACGUUGGUGGGAACAACCAAUACCAGUUGAAACAAAGAGAGCUGAAUUAACACCAAGAAUAUCACUGAAAGAUUUAGUCAAGUUACGAAAUCAUGUAUUGGUAAUUGAUAUGAGGAAUGAACAAGAGUUUGCAAGGGGUCAUUUUCCCUUAUCAAUAAAUAUGAAUCCAACGCAUUUGGAACAAUUGACACAUACAUUGUGGCAAGAGAAGAAGAAAUAUCAUAUAGUAUUUGCCGCUGAACUUGUCAAUGAACAUUUCCCUCGGGUAGCAGUAUUAACUGGAGGAAUUGAUGUUAUGCGAGUAGAUACUGAAGAAGGUGUCGUUGUUUGUUCUUGUCGUCCCAUUAAAAUGGCACCUUCUCCUGGUGCAAAGACUAAAGAUGGACCAGUUGUGUAUUGGAAGUGUACACACAAUUUAAUGAAAUAA